GCCUCGCGGAAGUCGCAUUGGCGCUGCGCUCUCGGCACCUCAGCGACCACAACCCGAAGCAGCAGCGCCUCAGCGGGACCCCCAUAACGUAUUCCCUUACGACUGCCAGUGGCCCAGGACAGCCAUGAGGAGUCUGAUUUUUGUGACCACCAUGGUCGGCAUGGUGCUCGCCGGUGACAUCGGCGGCGGUGGUGGCGGAUUCGGCGGCGGCGGACAUGGCGGGGGUGGAUUCGGUGGCGGCGGCGGAUACGGUGGCGGAGGUGGAGAUGGCGCCGUUCACAGGUUCGUGAUUACAACGAAAACAACUUCCGGUGGAGGAGGAGGUGGCUAUGGCGGCGGCGGUGGUUUCGGGGGUGGUGGAUUUGGAGGUGGCGGCUUCGGCGGCGGCGGUGGCGGUGGUGGCGGAGGCUUCAGCGGUGUUGGAGUCGGCAGUGCCUCCAAAUUCAAGGGAAGCACCAUUUAUGUGCUCAAGCCUCGCGCUACUGGCGGCGGCGGCGGUUACGGUGGCGGCGGCGGAUGGCAAGCAGGUGGCGGCGGUGGCGGCGGAUGGCAAGCAGGUGGCGGCGGCGGUGGAUGGCAAGCAGGUGGCGGAGGCGGCGGGUGGCAAGCCGGUGGCGGCGGCGGCGGCGGAUGGCAGGCAGGUGGUGGCGGCGGCGGAUGGCAGUGAUCGGCCACACCACAACUAGCCACAGACAUAUGAAGUGAGAACUGAGUGCACCUUGAGGGAAUCAUGCCUCAGCGACGUUUCACCCCAUGCGGUCGCCAAACCAUCCGUACGAUACCCUUGGACUUGUAAAUGCUGUACAGAGCGGGCCUCUUUCUGUCCGUGUUGUUGCAAUAAACUGUUACAUAACGCCA